CAUCAAUCUUUCCAAAGUUUACUUGGUAUAGUUUUAUAAUAUUCAAAGAGAUUAGAAAAUUUGAAAGCUUUGGUGUUGGAAUUAAUUUGAAACACUUGGACUUCUACUCUAAAAAAAAAAGAUAUUUAGCAUGCAACACAGCAUGCAAUAUAUAUCAUUUGGAUGCUGUUUGGAGGAUAGUUUAAAAGAUAUUAAUAUAGACAAUAGUGGGCAACUUUACUCGGUAACAAAACAUUGCGCGGUUUAUUUGAACGAAACAAAUCCGGAUUCGGAUUCGUUUAUUACUAUGGUAUAUUCAUUUUACAAAAUGCAGGAAAAAAAUGAAACAGUAUCAUGCUUUGUCAAUUAUUGCAAGGAGGGAACUAAACAUGAAUUUAUUGCUUACGUUGCGUUUUGGGUAUGCGUUUUUUUUAUUGGAUGUUUAGGCAAUAUAUUUGUUUUGAUGGCAUUUAACCGAUCAAAAAAAUUAAGAAAAAAUCCGUCGACUAACUUUGUAGCAUCUUUAGCAGUCAGUGAUUUGUUGGUUGUUUUAUUUUUAAUUCCUUAUAAAGCUCAUGAUGCGUUUCACAAUCACCACUAUUGUGCACCACCCAUUAUAUGUAAGCUUUACCUUGCUUUUGAUGUCACGUUUUUUGUAGCAUCAAUCACUCAUUUGUAUGCAAUUGCAAUCGAUCGAUUUAUUGCUAUAACAAAACCCUACAGAUACAAAGGUUUAGCCACAUUAUCCUGUGUUAAAAAAACUAUUGUUUUAAUUUGGAUUUACUCUAGUUUCUGGGGUGUCCUUCUCAACAUAAAUUUUAAGAAUGGAACGUCUAACAAAAUAGAAAACACGGAAAGUCAUUUGUGCAAUACGAAUAAUGGCGUAUUUACUAUUAUUGCGUAUAUUAUAAUUUUUUUUGUUCCAUGCUUUGUAAUGUUUUUACUUUAUUCAAAAAUGUUGCUUAUUAGUUACAAACACGCAAAAAAUAUUAAUACGACAAAGGUGUCAAGCAUCGAGGAUUUUAUACGACAAUCUUCUUUUGGAAUAUCGCAUCUUUUUUCAAACCACAAACUUGAAUUGCGUGCUACUAAAGUGGUUUUUAUAAUAUAUGGCACAUUUUUUGCAUGUUGGUGUCCAGUUAUUGUUGUUAUAGUUGCAAAUGCAAUAAAGCAUGAUACUGUUAAAUCAAACGUUACCUAUGUUUUAUUUGGCGAAAUGUUACCUAUAAUUAAUAGCAUUCUAAAUCCUUUUAUAUAUGGAGUAUUGCAUCGGGAUUUUAAAAAAAGUUUGAAACGAAUUUUUCGAGGAAUGCAUUCCAAACUACAAAUCACAUUGUCCCCAUUACAACAUUCAUUUAAAUCUCAAUCAUCUCUGGGGAGAUUGGAACGAGUUGCAAUAAAUGAAACUUCGAAAUAAGUCAAGAUUUAAUAAAAUA